ACCAUGUCUGGGCGCGGCAAAGGCGGCAAGGGUCUGGGUAAGGGAGGCGCUAAGCGCCACCGCAAGGUUCUGCGCGACAACAUCCAGGGCAUCACCAAACCUGCCAUCCGCCGCCUGGCCCGGCGUGGCGGUGUGAAGCGCAUCUCCGGCCUCAUCUACGAAGAGACCCGUGGGGUGCUGAAAGUGUUCCUGGAGAACGUGAUCCGGGACGCCGUCACCUACACCGAGCACGCCAAGCGCAAGACUGUCACCGCCAUGGACGUGGUCUAUGCGCUUAAGCGUCAGGGACGCACUCUCUACGGCUUCGGCGGUUAAGCUUUCCGAUUUCGCCAUCAAGAAUUAGCAUUUCUCAACCAAAGGCCCUUUUCAGGGCCACCCAACUACUCAUAAAAGAAAGCUGUAACCAUUAGCCAAGGCACAGGAGUCUGCAGCUCAAUGGUGUGGUUAAAAUGAAAACUGAGACAUCCCCGAGUCAGAAAACAUUGCGGGAAUUAAUGUCUGUAUAUAUCCAUGUAACUCCCACUCUCGGCUCCAUUCACUGGACACAGGUAGGGGGGAAAGAUGAUACUCAAACUUACUAAAGAAAAGUGGAAAAAAACCAAGUAUGGCGAGAAACUUGAAUCGGUUUGCAGGAACAAAGAGAAGCACUGCCCAAUCAGCAAGCCCCAUCCAUGGAUUUCAACCAAUCAGAACUGAUGAUCUCAUGUGGUUCCCCGCGGCGACACAAAUUUGGGGGAUGGGAAAUCGGGCGAGAAACGCCAAAGCCCUUGUUUAGAGAAUUUUUUUUAAUUUGUGUUUUUACGGGUUAUGAAAUAGACUCCGACGAGACAUCUGAAUGGCUCUCAGUCAUGUCCUGAGAACAGUACUGAAAUUACCGCCGCUAAUAGGAUGAUUUGUCUCGAUUAAAAAAAUAAUCUCAAAUGUUAGGCAGAAGGGGAAACCGAAUUCAGACUGCCAGCAAACCCAGGGCAAUGAAUUCAGGCGAAAUUAAAAUCUCGUUUAUGAAGAAAACGCGCUUCCUUCUCUUUCGGUGUCAACACAGCCCUCAGCAGU